AUGUAUCAGCGCACGGAGAUAAACCUGCCCCGGAAGAAGAAGGUACCAGAAGCAUUUCGCUCAAACACCUACAGAAUAUUUGAUGAAAAAGUCCCCGAGCGAUUAAAUCCAGACGAGGCCAACAAGGACCACAAAUAUGCAUCCCGAGAUCCAGAAGUGGCAGAGAUACUAAAGACACACAACAUCCCACAACCUUACAAUGUCAAGUUCAUCAGGACUAACGUGAGGUUCCUCAACGAGCCCCUCGUUUAUAUGGAAACUGAGAACACGAGGGAUGAACAGUCUAAGUGGUGGCUGAAUACACCAGACAAGAAAGUGACUAGAAAAACAGCAUACAGUCAGGAGAGCACUCAGAGACGUGACUACCCACCAGUCAUGGAUAUUCCAGUGACCAGGGUUCGAGAGCAGAGAAAUAAUAAGCCUCCAGCUACUGGAAUCAUCCCGACUUUGAGUCCUCUUGGCCAGCCUAAAGAACUGGUGGAGCACAUGUCCUUUAUUCACCAGUAUGACUCCAGGAGGAUUCACGACCAACCCUAUCAAGAAAAACGUCAUGGAGCCUUUGUGUGGAGCGAGAGGGGGGCAAUGGGGCCCUGUGCAUUCCAGAACUCAGAUGGGCUUCGCUCGGACUCAGAGGGGAAAACAUACAAUAUGAACUUUUCCCAUCUCGCCCUUCAGUCCUCUCCGCAGAUGGAUGUGUCCACCGGGACCUUCUCCACCCAGUCAAGCCCUGACCAUGGGAACUCCUGCAGCAAGAAAUGACAAGAUGGCAGGCAUCCCCGCUUAGUCCGGUGGGAUCAAAGCUGCACCAUGUGGACGCGCCAGAGAACCAUGCUGCACUUGCGUUUGGGAAAA